ACAGCAGCGUCAGGGAUGGAAUUCCGAGGAACAAAAAGAGCACCACCGCCCUCACUGUGGGCAUGCCUCGGGGCGGGAGGGCGGGCGUGUGCAUGCACCUGCACCAGGCUUAUAUUUGGCACUCUCUACCCUGCGUAUUACUCUUACAAAGCUGUAAAAUCGAAGGAUAUUAAAGAAUAUGUGAAAUGGAUGAUGUAUUGGAUCAUAUUUGCAGUCUUCACAACAGUAGAGACGUUUACGGACAUUUUUCUUUGCUGGUUUCCAUUUUAUUAUGAACUCAAAAUAGCUUUUGUAGCUUGGCUGUUGUCUCCGUACACAAAGGGCUCCAGCCUGCUAUACAGGAAGUUUGUGCACCCAACACUGUCCUCAAAAGAGAAGGAAAUUGAUGACUGCUUAAUCCAAGCAAAAGAUCGAAGUUAUGAUGCCCUGGUGCAUUUUGGGAAACGGGGAUUGAAUGUUGCAGCAACAGCUGCUGUGAUGGCAGCUUCCAAGGGCCAGGGAGCUCUGUCAGAGAGGCUCCGAAGUUUCAGCAUGCAAGACCUCACCACAAUCAGAGGAGAGAACAGCCACACUGUGAUCCCGCCUCCUCCUCCUCCUCCUGCUCAAACGGUGUCUGUACGAAAAAGCAGCAAGCAGAGCCAGCCCAAAACAUCCAGAACUGCAUCGGAAAGUACUGUAUGUUCAGCGUGUGCAUGUUGUUUGAAGUACCAGAUCACCCCAGUGGUUCAACUAGAGAGUGAGGCAGAGAGUGCAGUUGCAUCUGAGGAGAACAGUGAAUCAACUGAAGUCAUGUUCUCAUGUGAUGAAAACUCUUUUGAAUGUGCGUCCAAGACUGAAAGACCUAAAAAGGAUGAAGUCAUUGAGGCACCACCCAGAAGCCUUAGGCCUCGCUUCCGGAAGAAAAGUACCUCACCACGUACCGCUGAAGCCAUGUGAUGAGCAAGUAGCAUCAACAGAAUAUCCCUCUUCUGCCUUAAAGAUCUAUUUAAUUAAUAAUGUCGAGAGAGCAGUGGUGGGGUGGGCGGGUGUUUGAUGAUACAGCACUGUAGACUUGGCUUUUAUCGCUUCCUGUUUUCUGUUGUGUGCGCCAUCUGCAAAUGCUGCACGACACGGUCAGAACAACCGAGAAGGCAGCGGCCAUCCUGGAGCAUCCCCACUUCCUGCUGUUCCCCGCAUUUUUUAAUUUUUAAUGUAAAAAAAUCCUGAAUUCAUUUGAGUACACAGACAACGAAAACCUGAAUGUCCAUUUCUGUUACCUUGUUUGUUGUUGUGCGUACUGCCAAUUAAUCAUUUUGCUGGAAAAGUGGGGUGAGAACAAAGCCGAAGAGACAUAGCAACAAAAAAAUAAAUGAACUAUUGCAACAU